AGAAUUUGGCGCAGAGUGUAAACAAGACGAGACCUUGACGAAAGGAAAUAAAUAGCGAAAUAAUUUGAAUCUCGUUAUGUCAUCGAGUAAUUAAUAGUCAAAGUCACGCACUGAAGUAAAGAAGAUGUCUACUUUCGGGUGUAAUGUACAGGAAACGGCUUCCCCGGCAGCCGAAGAUGUGUACCUUCACCUCUGGCAGAAGAAGACCCUUGAAGCCGAGUCGGGAGGCGGCCAAGUGAAGGCUGAUGCACUGAGGUUCAAUCUCGCGCAGCUGCAUUAUCUGAAGGCUAAUUUCAAUGAUAUUGAUGAUGCAACAGUGGCCAUUAAGACCAAAGAACUUCUCCAAGAUUAUGGCAGAUUUAUGGAUGAUCAAAAGAAAGGCCUCAAUAAUUAUGCCAAGCCAAUUCUUACCUUGGUUGGCAAGAGCAAAAAUGACAGCAAGAAUUGGAAAUGUAAUCUGAAACCAGAGGAAGUAAUAGACAAAUAUCUAAAACCACUUCCUGACUCCUCACAAAACUUGAAGAGUGAGUGCAAGAAGUUAGCCAAGAUCUUGAACAAGAGUCAAGAAAGGAAAUCACUACAGAGUGAGAAGUUUCACAACAUGGCAUGUGUUUCAACACUGUCUGAGAGUGUCACCCUUGAUGACACUGUCGGCCCAUCUUUUAAUCUGAUGGAUGAUGAUAUGCUGGAUAGUCAGGAAAGUGAUGCUGGAUACAAUGUAAAGCAGUCAGAUCUAUUUAAUGAGGAAAGGUACAGCACAAGUGGCUCAGGAAGCAAUUUUAACAGGCAGCAGUUGAACAAAAACAGUAUCCAAUCCAGAAUGAGCCAGUCAGCAGGACCAUUCAGAAGUGAAGGUAAUUCAUUUGACAAUGGAAUUGCUACCCAGAGGCAUAGAGAGAAAGCUGGUACUUAUCCAUGGAACAGAGGAAACUUGUCUGGUGUGAGCAGUGCUGGGAAUAUGGGAAAAGGUCGAUCAGCAGGAAUGGAAAAGGAAAAUAUGGAGAACAGAUUUGGUAAUGAUCAAGUGAACAUUGUAAAUGGUAAUUUGGAAAGAAGUAGACAGGAUGGACUGAGAGGAAGCUUUGGAGGUGGAUCUUCAGGGAAUGUGUUCACCUCCUAUUCUCAGCCACAACAGCAACAGCAGGGUGGCUCUGGAGGAGGUUUCAGAGGCAGAGGAGGAGGUGGGAGUGGACGAUAUCCUUGGAAUAGAGGUGCAGGGAAACAGAUGGAUGAUUCUCCCAACAUGGACGAUGUGUCGUGCUUUAAGACUGCUUCACAUCAGCUUUUGCUGGAGCAGAUGAAAAAAUCAGGUAGAGGUGUAGUUAGUGAAGCAGCAUAUGGGUCUGUCAAGAGAUCUCUAGGUGUUAGAAGGGCUGUCAACAACAAAUUCACACCUCCCAUUCGAAGAGAAGAUGAAGACAACAACUUUGGGAGUGGUGAGAUUAUCCGAAGGUGUUUACCGCAAGGAUCUUCGGGGAAAGGGGGAGAGGGUAGAGCUGGAGCUGAAGAAAGCCCUUAUGCUGAACUAUUAACUGAUGAAAGAUUAAAGAACAUAGAGCCUAAAAUGGUUGAGCUGAUCAUGAAUGAAAUCAUGGACAGUGGACCUCCAGUGUCGUGGGAUGAUAUAGCUGGGCUCGAGUUAGCAAAGACUACGAUUCAGGAAAUAGUGGUAUGGCCCAUGUUGCGUCCUGACAUUUUCACGGGAUUGAGAGGUCCUCCAAAGGGAAUCUUACUCUUUGGCCCCCCAGGCACAGGCAAGACCAUGAUAGGCAAGUGCAUCGCCAGCCAGAGCGGGUCCACCUUUUUCAGCAUCAGCGCCUCGUCCCUGACGUCCAAGUGGGUGGGCGAAGGGGAGAAGAUGGUGCGCGCGAUGUUUGCCGUUGCAAGGUGCCAUCAGCCUGCGGUCAUCUUCAUUGACGAGAUCGACUCGCUCCUGACGCAGCGUUCGGACACGGAGCACGAGAGCUCGCGCCGCAUCAAGACGGAAUUCCUCGUGCAGCUUGAUGGAGCCACCUCAGGCAGCGAUGAAAGACUGCUGGUCGUCGGGGCGACGAAUCGACCCCAGGAACUGGACGAGGCUGCUCGGAGGAGGCUCGUCAAGAGGCUGUACAUUCCUCUGCCGGAGGCAAAGGCCCGCCAACAAAUCAUCGUGAACCUGAUGGCGAAUCAAGUGCACAGCCUGACGGAGGAGGACGUCCACCGCAUCUGCCAGAGCACGGACGGCUACUCGGGGGCCGACAUGGCCAAUCUCUGUCGCGAGGCUGCCCUGGGGCCCAUCCGCUCUAUCAGCUUCUCGGACAUAAAACACAUCUCAGUGGAUCAGGUGCGACCCAUCUCCACAGAUGACUUUAUGAGUGCCCUUCGCAGCAUCCGGGCAAGCGUGUCGGACAAAGACCUACAGAUGUAUGAGGACUGGAAUAAGAAGUAUGGCAUAUCGGCCAGAUAGUGGAGCAGAUAUCCUUUGGAAUUGCUUGUUACCCUGAUAUUUUUGUAUAUUUCCAUUUGCAACGAAUGGUAUGAACCAUCGGAAAUAAAAGCUAUACUGUCUUGGUAUGGAAUACUGCU